AUGGGCACUUAUCGUUUCGGUAAGCCUCGAUUUUUCUUUGCAUCUGACUCGUUAACAGAGGAGGCCAAAACUGGUCGCGCCGGCUGCCAGAACAAGGAGUGCAAGGACGCGAAGCUCAAGAUCCCCAAAGGUGAACUUCGCGUCGGCAGCUGGGUCGAUAGCGGCAAUUUCCAGUCCUGGUACUGGCGACACUGGGGAUGUGUCACUCCCAAGAUGAUCCACAACAUCAUGGAGGCGCUUGACGAGCUCGAUGACAGCUCUGGCGAUCAGAAGAACUUUACGCUUCUUGAUGGUUUCGAUGAACUGCCUGAAGAGUUCCAGGCGACAGUUCAGAAGGCCUUAGAGCAGGGUCACGUUGACGACAAGGACUGGAAAGGCACCGGAUUCCGUGUUCGUGGCAAGAAGGCUGACGACGAACACAUGGAAGAGAGUCCAAAGAAGGCGACCAGCGCCAAGAAGCGUGGCCAUGCUGACGAUGAUGACGCUGACAAGAAGCCCACCAAGAAGGCCAAAGCGGUCAAGAAGGUAGCGAAGGAUGAGGGCGCUGACUCGAAGCCCGCGAAGAACGGCACAAAGGUCGCCAAUGAUGCCACGCACCAGGAAACCGAGCAGAAGUCCAAGCGUGGUCGUUCCAAGAAGGCCAAGGCUGAGACCGACGAUGCCGAAGCGAAACCAAAGCGUGGCCGUCCCAAGAGGACCAAGACGUCUGAGUAG